UUGAAUAGCUUCCAAAGCACACACUGUGCUACACUCCAGCGGUGGUCUGCCCUCUUCAGCUGCUGCUGCAGGGGACCGUGUCGCGUUAUUUCCCUUCUACCUGUCGUUUGUCAGCACCUGGUUGCCUUUGGACAAGGACGGUGAGACGUCCCGCUUCGACUGUAAGAACUUAUGUGCCUGAGAGUCUGACACACGUCUGUUCAAUGGCUGCCUCAGGCUCCACCCCCUCUGCCUCCAUCGCCGCCGCCGCCGCCGCCACUGUGCCUGAGGAUUUCCAUUAUGAAACCAAGUACAUUGUGCUCAACUACCUGGGACUGCUGCCUGUCGGUAGACCACGGGCCGUGACCACAGCUCAAGGAGAUGCCCAGAAUGAGAGAGAGAGGACCACAGUGAUUAAAGAGCAGAUAGAGGAAGAGCUGAGACAACUGGAAGAUGAAAUCGCUGCCUCCUUUUCCACUACAGGCUUUGACCGACACACAUCGCUGGUGUUUAAUCCAGCCAACCCAGAGAGUUCUAUUGAAGACUGCCUUGCCGCAGUGGGAGACCGGGUGGCCGGAGAGCUUGACACACACCUGGCAGCAGCCGUACACACACUCCUCGCAGGGCCUCUGGACUACCAGAGAUUCAGAGAAACAGCACUGGAUCUCUCAACACACACACAGGGAGGCUGGAGCAAGGUGAUAGUGCCUUUGGUGCUGCUUCAGGCUUUACAAAGCGAGGGCCAGUCACUGACAACGCUGUUGAAUCUGGGGGUGCGCUUCCUAGAGGAGGAUGAAGCUGGCAACAUCAUGCAGCAAGGGGGAUGGGGUGAAAUAUUCAGCCUUGAGUCAGAGGAGGAGCGAGGUGUGGCCAUCGCUGAAGACAGCAACGACAUUUACAUCCUCUCAGGGGAGCAGCAUCCAGACCAGCUGAGCCCCCCCUCCUCGCUGCUCUGCACUGGAGACAACAGCAGUGAGCAGAGCUCCUGGCAGACGGAAAGCUUACCUGUGUCUCUGGCCGGCCACGAGUCUUGGGCACAGGUUGGUGUGAUGGACCCCGAAGACGUCAAGAGCCUGGACAGCAAUGAGGGCGUGGCUCUGGCCGAGGAGCGCAGCGAGAACAACUCCUCGAACUCCGACAUCGUCCACGUUGAGCGCGAGGAGGCCGAGCUGCUCGAGGAAGGCGGCGAAGGCGGAGCGAUAGAAGAAAGCAUGAUGAGUGUUUUAGGCACAGAGAGCGAGCUGGCUGAGCUCAGGGAAGAAUUUAGGGACCAGACUCCACCUGUUCCAGUGUCAGCCGAGGGAGACUCCACAGCCCCGGCCUCCCUGCUUUCAUUAGAGGAGCCAGUUGUAAUAGAGACGCCAGCAGUCUUGUCGGCAGAGCCCUCCCUCGUCUCCUCAGAACCAAUGCUGGUCCUGGAAGCUGCUCUGCCCCCUCCCUCUGAGCCACAAAUCUUUGCCUGUCCAAUUCCUGUGUUUGUUCCUGCAGUAGAACCAGAGCCUGAGCCACAAAUCUUUGCCUGUCCCGUGAUUUUAUCUGUUCCCGCAGUAGAACCAGAACCUGAGCCAGAACCAGCUGCCGCCCCCGCCCCAGUGCCUGCCGUGGUGGAACCCCCAUCUCUACCCAAGGAAAACCCCGCAGCACCAGCAGAGCUCGAAGCCACCUCAGAACCAGCUCCUGAACCAGAACAGGAGCCGGAGCCCGACGCAGUGCCUCCCCAGCCAGAACCAGAGACUGUGGCAGAGCCGGAGGCUGCACCCCCUGUCCUUGAGGCCCCCGUAGAGCCCCCUGCUGAGGAGCCCCCAGUGCAGCCGGAGCCAGCAUCAGAGCUCCCAGCGCUGCUUUACGGAGGUGCUGCACUGGUGGUCCUCGCUGCUGUAAUGGCGUACGGUGUCAUCAGCUUCAGGAGGAAGUAGAAGAGUGUCUUUGUCAGGGAAGGAGAAUGGAAAUUACAAGAUGUUAAGGUAGAAAUAAAUGUGUUAGUACACAUGGUGGGACUCUCCUUACGAAGGAGGCUGCGUUUAAAAAAAAAAAAAACAAAAAGAA